AUAGGCAUCACCCAAUCGGUUUGCAAAAAGUACGCGAUCGGGACACAUCAGCAUCAUGAGCUUAACAAAUCAAAUACCACUGGCGGGGCGUCCGUUACCCACAAACCAACAAACCCAGACGCAGAAAGACAAGAACAUUUCGGAAUCCAGAAUGAACUUAGAAGAGAUUAUUCGCUGCCAUCUUUGGUUGGGCUUUGUCUAUGCCUGAUGGGAACAUGGGAAGCCAGCUCAGCCGUUCUCACACAGGCACUAUUGAGCGGCGGAGCCCCUUGCCUCUUCUACAAUUUCAUUCUCACCUUCCUUUGCACGCUUGCUAUCGGGGCCUCAUUGGCUGAGAUUGCAUCUAUAUAUCCAACAGCCGGCGGCCAGUAUUAUUGGGUCACGGCCCUAGCCCCUAGAUCGGUAAAAAAGUUAGCGGGCUGGACAACUGGCUGGACAUCACUAGGCGGCCAGAUUGUGCUCACAGCAUCGCCUGCAUUUAUAUCAGGUCUAAUGGUUCAGGGCCUUAUCAAUCUUAACGACGAUACCUACGUGGGCACCAGAUGGCAGGGGAUGCUAUUUUAUUGGGCCUUUGUUAUCUACGCUGCAGUCAUGAAUGUAUGGGGCCAUCGGUACACUGUCACCGGAUCCCAUCAUUCGCUCUAUUCGGUAUCUGACACAGAUACAGGCGUUUUACACGUUGGUUGCUUCGUCAUUGCGUUCGUCGUUCUCGCUACUAUGUCCAGGAAAAACUCAGCCGGUUUCGUCUCCACGAAAGUUUCAGACCAAACUGGCUGGCCUAAUGGCGGAAUCGCCUGGAUGGUAGGUUUAAUCAGCACCAUCUAUCCAUUCCUCGGAUACGACACGACAUGUCACCUGGCUGAAGAAGUCCCACACGCGGCACGAAAUGUUCCUGUCGCCAUUGUGGGGAGCAUCACCAUCAAUGGCUUGAUGGGACUAGCUUCUGCCACGAUGCUCUCGUUUUUCUUUGGGUCACUGGAAGACAUUCUUGCUACAUUAACUGGCUUUGCAUUUAUGCAAUUAUCGUAA